AUGGCCGAAGCAGCUCGGCCGCUCGUGCUCGACGCGCGCCACGCGUCGUUCACGUCGGUCGUGCACAUUCACGCCGACACAUCGCUGCGUAUAUCUGACCUCAAGCAAAGCAUCUCCGAGUACGUGCGCACGAGGCAGUGUUCGCGAGAAGGAUGGCCCCAGGCCAGUGGCAUGCGCUGCAUUCAUCGUGGCGGUAUCCUUGGCAACGACGUCUCUCUCGCUGCCCUGUUCUCGGAGGAGCAGCCUGUCGUCGUGCAUGUGGUAGUGCAGCCCGAGGCGUGGGUGCCUUUUGCGCCGACGGACGCACCCGCUGCCCCGGCGCCGCCACCGACACCACCCGCGCAGGACGACUCGGCAGCGUCGCCCCUCGCUACGCUGCAGUCACUGCCUCGAGCGGAACUCGCUCCCAUGCUCUCGGCCCUGUACAUGACCCUCGCUUCCUAUUAUGCGUACUAUGAGGACCUGUGCGAGUCGCUCGCGAGACCGUGCGUGCUGGCACGGCCGGUGCCGAUGCACGACGUCGAGCGCGUGGACGACCCGGCCGUGCGUGCCGCGGCCAUCCGUAUGAUUGAGUCGCACAUUAUGCACUGGACGCCUCUCCGAGCGGAAAGCGAAAAAGCCUGCACAGAAGAGCCACGAUACGAGCACGUCACGCUAUGCCACUUGCCAUUUCUUCUGCGAACCAUGUCCCCCCGAGCCCCGACGCAUCUCUUGCCUCUCUUGGAAACGCGCAUCGUCACCCUGCUCAUGCUGUAUGCUCACUUUCACGCUCACGACACCGAGCGUCGCGACACGCCCAGCGUGCAUCGGCAGUCUUGGCCGGUGACAAGACGUGACUGGCUCGCGCUGCUCGGCUUUCUUUUGCGUAUGGCUGGGCGCACCCUGAUGUUCGUGGCCUUUUUCUUACCCAACUACCUCGCCGAUCAUCUCUGGCAUGUGCUGGCCGCGCUACUCGUCUUCCAUGUGGCAGCGGCCAUGUGGUUUGUGCACCGCCGACGGACGCAGGCGCAAGCGGCCGCUUCCAGCGCUGCGCCAUCGCCGCCCGUGCGAGCAGCACCGUCCGCCCCCCUUUCUCCGACUGAGCUCACGCUCGAGAUACCCCGUCUGCCGCAUCGCAUGCCGACCGUGCCGCCCACCACAUGCAGGUAUUGGAUGCAACGCAUGGCCUGGUUCGGCCUAGAGGAAGAGGAAGUGGCUAUGGGCUUUGAGCAUGUGCCACCUACCGAGCCGCGGCGCAUCCUAUGGGAGGCGCGUGCGUGGCCCGCUCAGCAGCAGCGACCGAUGCCGCCUCGCCCGCCGGCCCCGGCCGUCGUGCCGCAUGUGAUCAAAGCGCUCAUCGUGUUCCUCAUGACGCUCGAGCCGGAAAUCGACAAGCUCCGCUCUGACGCCAUUCUCAUGCGAAAGGAUGCUAUUUGUGCGCUCGCUCGACGAUGGAAAGAGCUCCAAGAACAGCACAAGAACGAGGCAGCGCUCAGCGGGAGCACCCCGUCGAUUCUUCUGCAUCCCUAUGCACGUCGUGUGCUUCUCGAGGAAGAGAGGCGCUCGGCGCAGCUGACAUGA